AUUAAAAUGAAUUAGUAUUUGUUUAGUGGUUCGCUAUACUAUAGGACAAUGGAAUACAAACAAGAUUGCAAAUUGAAUUUUUCUUUGGAUUAUUACAAUGUGACAACGCAAAGUGCUGUUACGUCGUCGUCCUUAAAUCUGAAGACAUGGCAAGUGUCGCUGAUUGUUUUGUUGGGAUUCGGGGGAUUUGCGAUGCUACUCAGUGUUGGACACUAUUUCAUCAGGAAAUACAUCUACCGAGAUCAAGACAGAGUAGACACAGCCUUUGAUGCUGGAGGAAACGUAACGCUGUCUCUUACUGCGGCUUCAGCGGCGUCACAAUUAUUUUGGCCAGCAGAUUUACUACAGAGCGCUACCGUAACAACGAAGUAUGGUGUAGCAGGUGCCUUCUGGUAUGCAGUGGGGGUUGUGGUGAACAUCGUCUUGUUUCCUCUACUCUCUGUUCACUUCAAAUCGAGGGCCCCUGGAGCCAAGACAUUCCUACAGGUGAUUCAGGCGCGGUUCGGGAAAAAUGCCCACAUCGUGUCAAUUGUGUUUGCACUUGCUACAAACUGUGUUGUUCUCACUUGCCUGAUCCUCGCAGGAACGGCAACCAUGACAGCGAUUGCCGAUGAUAUGUCCCCUGAAUAUGCAGUAAUAUUAAUGGCCUUUUUGUUUGGAUCAUACACACUUGUGGGUGGCCUUGGAGCUACGUUUUACGUCUCAUACUUUAACUGUGUGCUGAUCUAUCUUAUGUUAUUGAUCGUCACCCUUAAUGUCUAUUACAUUCAUCAUGAUGAUUCUAUUGGAUCUCUUGAGAGACUUUACGACAAGAUCAGUUGCGUUUUCGGGCCAGAGGGCAAUGAGGGAAAUAGUGUCGUGACAUUCCGGUCAAGUGGAGCGAUUAUUUUUGGCAUCAUCAGCAUAUUUUUGGCAUCUGCAGUUGUUUUCUGUGACCAGGCAUCUUGGCAGAUGAGAAUUGCAGCUAAACCUAUGCAAGGUGUAAUUGGAUUCUUCAUCGGUGGCUUGAUCUGGUUCGCUAUCCCGAUUCCUCUGACUACAACUACUGGACUAAUUUACCUCUCAGAGAGUAUUGAACAAGGGGCCCCUUUGCUUACUGACACACAAGUUGAUGAAGGCUUGGUGUCGCCAUUAAUCUUACACAAGUUGUUUGGUGUGUUUGGAGAGGUGAUGAUCCUUGCUAUGGUGUGUAUGGCCCUCAUGUCGACGGGUUCUGGGGAGAUCAUGGCCAUUUCAUCAAUUAUCGUUUACGACAUUUACCAAGUCUACUUCAAUCCUUACAGGUCUUUUCAAGUUGCGCCAAAUCAAUGUAUUCUAUGCCUUUGUACUUACAAAACUGGAAGUGAAGACCACGGAAACAAAACCGAGUUUUGCUCAUGUGAAGGGGUGAAAUCCUGCGAAGCCUGUUGCAAUGACGACACUACACGGUCUCUUCAAAAAUCUGCAGUUCUCCCAGAUUACACUUGCAAAGUGCAUGGUGAAUACAAAAAAUACCAGGACAUCUUGCGGAAUUUGAAAGCCUGGUGUAUCGUUUGGGUUACCGUAGCUAUAGUCCCCAUGGGGUUAGUUAUCAACAAUUCUGGGAUUAAUCUCAACUGGGCGUUCCAAUCUGGGGCGGUGAGCACCAUCUCUUGUUUCCCGACUGUUGUUCUCUCCGUGAUGUGGUCCAAAACGACGGGAGCUGCUGUAAUUGCAGGUAACUUGCUGGGGCUAUUGGUAGGUUAUUCCUCCAUGGUCGGUUUAGCAUCAACAUACCCAGGAGGCUUAGAAAACAUGGAAUCAUUUGUCAGGAACACUGCUCAAGAGACAAGUGUUCUUGUUGGUUGCUGUUUUAGCUUCGGGAUCAGCCUAUUUACUUGCAUCGGUGUAUCCAUUGUCACUAACUGCAAGGCAAAUUCUGACAAUGAUUGUAUACGUGAAUGGGAUAAAACUCUAGCGAUUGACAACCCGUUGUACCCGUGGGUGGAGCAAUAUGAGAACAAUCUUACGGCAAUGAACAUAGAAUACCACCACAGGCCGUCAUUUCGACAGAUGGAGCAACUAUUUAAAGGAGCGAGAAAUGCAGCUUACAUUGGUGGAACAUGCUUUAUUUUGAUCUUCCUUAUCGUACUUCCAGGAAUUCUAAUGAUCAUGCCUUAUUUGGAGUUUCAUCAGUUUCAAGGUUGGAUAACGUUUAGCCACGUGUUUAUGUUUAUAAUGGCACUGUUCGUCUUUAUCGUCCCUCCAGCUCAAGAGAUCAUCAACAUACGUAAGGAAUACCGAGAUUAUAUUGAACCUAGAGAACAGGAGAUUGGGGAUAGUGCAAUUCAAAAUGAACUUCUCUAA